AUAUUAAAAAUGGUGGCAUAAAUGAUCUGAGAUCAGUACUAUAGGGAAAUCUAAAGGAAAACACAAAGUCACAAGCUGGUUGGCCAGGACAGUAAAGAGGGUGGGGUAAACAAUAUGACAUCAAAACUGAGGUGAUAUAAAUGUGCUGCGCCAGAUUCUCCUGUGGGGAACAACUGACCGCACUACAACACGCUGCCCAUGGGAGAGUAACUCCAAACAUUGAGAACAACAUUCCCAUCACUCAGUAUCAGAAAACCAGCAUGGAGAUGUCCAGUACAUCUGUCCUGCCAGUUGUCGGCUUUGGGUCGAUGGCUCGGUCAGCUGGACUUCUGGAGAUUGCCGUCAGGCUGUGCUUAAACCAGCGUAAACAACUGUGUCCUCAUGUCUGGGUUCCCAUCCUAAAACCCCAGCGAUCCUGCAUCCGUCCUCCAGUUUCAGAGCAGUUAUCCUCUGAUGUCUUGAGCCAAGCCUUUCUGCUCCAUCCUUUCUCACCUUUGCUGGAUGACCCGCACGAUGGCGAUGAUCUGUUGUUCCCAAUCAAGAACAAGCGUGUGGUUUUUGCCGACACACAGGGAUUGUCUCUAACAGCCGUGCGAGUGUUUUCUGAUGAAGAAGAGUCUGACCUCGACCUGCUGCCAUCACUGCAGUCUUUGGGCAGCAUGACGGAGGAUGGCUACAGCUGCACCGUCAGCACCUGCUGCCCAGGAACACGUCUCAAACUGGGUUUCCCGCAGCCCUCUGCAGAUUUCCAGGCCUUUCGUGCCAAGCUGGCAGAGAGCAUGGUCAUCUUGGAGAACUGCAGUAUCAGUGAACAGGCCCUCAAAGGAACCGCAAGAGUCAGGAAUGUCAGCUACCGGAAAGAUGUGCGUGUGCGCAUCACCUUUGACUCCUGGCAGAGCUACAGAGACGUGCCCUGUGCGUACCUGCAGAAACGCUUUGGAGGACCUCAGACGGACAUCUUUGAAUUUGACACCAUUCCUAAAGUGCUAGAUGCCAAAAGGAACAUUGAGUUUUGUUUAAGUUAUUUGCCAGGAGGGUACAGCGAGGCUUUCUGGGACAAUAACAACGGGCAGAAUUACGGCAUUACUGUGAGUGUGAACUCACAUCUGUGCCAUGGGAAGAAUCUGAGUGAAAGGGCAUGACGCACUCAACCUAGAAGUGAUCCCCCCCUCCUUUUUUUUUUCUCUCAUGCAUACUAUGCCAGUUCUGAGUGAAAGUG